AUGGGUGCCCUUGACAAGCUCUCCCGCAAGACCGGCGUCAUCGUCGGUGAUGACGUCCUGCGUCUCUUCGAGUACGCCCAGGAGAACAACUUUGCCAUUCCCGCCGUGAACGUCACCUCCUCCUCCACUGUCAUCGCUGCCCUCGAGGCUGCUCGGGACCAGGGCUGCCCCAUUGUCCUGCAGUUCUCCCAGGGUGGCGCUGCCUACUUCGCCGGCAAGGGCGUCAGCAACGACGGUCAGAAGGCCUCGAUCGCGGGUGCCAUCGCUGCCGCGCACUUCGUCCGCAGCAUUGCCCCCGUCUACGGCAUCCCCGUCGUCCUGCACACCGACCACUGCGCCAAGAAGCUCCUCCCCUGGCUCGACGGCAUGCUCGACGAGGACGAGCGCUACUUCCAGCUCCACGGCGAGCCCCUCUUCUCCAGCCACAUGAUCGAUCUCUCCGAGGAGCCUGUCGAGUGGAACAUUGAGACCACCGCCAAGUACCUCAAGCGUGCUGCUCCCAUGAAGCAGUGGCUCGAGAUGGAAAUCGGUAUUACCGGUGGUGAGGAGGACGGCGUCAACAACGAGGACGUCGACAACAACUCCCUGUACACCCAGCCCGAGGACAUCCUGGCGAUCCACAACGCUCUGGCGCCCAUCAGCCCGUACUUCUCCAUUGCCGCCGGCUUCGGCAACGUGCACGGCGUGUACAAGCCCGGUAACGUGCGCCUGCACCCGGAGCUGCUGAGCAAGCACCAGAAGUACGUGCAGGAGAAGCUCGGCUCGGCCAAGACCAAGCCCGUCUUCUUCGUCUUCCACGGCGGCUCCGGCUCCUCCAAGGAAGAGUUCAAGGAGGCCAUCAGCUACGGUGUCGUCAAGGUCAACCUCGACACCGACAUGCAGUACGCCUACAUGUCCGGCGUCCGCGACUACGUUCAGAAGAAGAAGGACUACCUGCAGGGCCCCGUCGGCAACCCGGAUGGCGAGGACAAGCCCAACAAGAAGUACUUCGACCCCCGCGUCUGGGUCCGCGAGGGCGAGAAGACCAUGUCUGCCCGUGUCAAGGAGGCUCUUGAAGACUUCAACACCGCCGGUCAGCUGUAA